UGCUCUUGGCUGUGUAUUGACCUUUUCUACGUCAUCCUAGAAGUGAGUAAAUGGUUGAAAGUGUACAAUAUUGAAAAGGGGAAGAAAGAGAUUUCUUCGUUUCAUUAUAUAUUUUGCUGCACAAAGGAUUAGAAGUAUCAGCUGUUUUUAGAAUGGACCAAGAAAAUGAUAAGACUCAUUAUCCAUCAUCUACACAUACAUUGAAAGCAAUUAACAGUUUGAAGCACUUACAUAUUUCUAAAACAAUUGCGACAGAUAUUAUUCAAUUGAGAAUUGAAGAAAGUACUAUCAAUGACGAGGAAAAUACUAUGAAGUUUGCCAAUAAAGUUUGCUCAGCAACUAAUAAAAAUGAAAAUGAAUGUAAAGAGAUUGCAAAGAACUCUAUAGAAUUAAUGCCACCACCUAAAUUGCCAGUAGCAUGUAAAUCAAUAGACUCUACCCAACAAAUGUCUAAUAGUGAAAACAGUGAAAAAGUAAGAGAUAACAAAAGUGAUGAAACAGUCCAAAAAGGUUCAGAUACAGAAACGAGUAGUUCAAGUAAGGAAGGUGAAAGUAAGAAAAAGUGGGUACUAACAGAUUUUGAUAUUGGCCGGCCUCUAGGUAAAGGAAAAUUUGGUAAUGUAUAUUUGGCCAGAGAAAGACGAUCAAAAUUUAUAAUAGCCAUGAAGGUGCUUUAUAGAUCACAAAUAGAAGAUGCACAAAUCUUACAUCAAGUACGAAGAGAAAUAGAAAUUCAAACCCAUUUGAGACAUCCAAAUAUUCUAAGAAUGUAUGGAUAUUUCUAUGAUCCUAAGCGAAUUUAUUUAAUAUUAGAGUAUGCACCAAAAGGAGAACUUUAUAAAGAACUGCAUAACCAGCCUAAUAAACGUUUUGAUGAAGUAAGAACAGCCACUUAUGUAGCUCAGUUAGCAGAUGCAUUAAAAUAUUGCCACAGCAAGAGUGUUAUUCAUCGUGAUAUUAAACCUGAGAAUUUACUUCUUGGAAUUAAUGGAGAAUUAAAAAUAGCUGACUUUGGAUGGUCAGUACACGCUCCUUCAUCUCGAAGGGACACUCUAUGUGGAACUUUAGAUUACUUGCCACCUGAAAUGGUGUCUGGAAAAACACAUAAUCACACAGUUGACUUUUGGGGUGUUGGAGUAUUAUGUUACGAAUGUUUAGUUGGAAAGCCUCCUUUUUAUGCAACAACCAACGAUGAAACUUAUGUAAAUAUAAGAAGAUUACGGUAUAAUUUUCCGAAUUUCGUUAGUGAAGAUGCAAAAGACUUAAUUUCAAAGUUGAUAGUUAUUGAUCCUGAAAAAAGAUUGGAUAUGGACGGUGUUCUUGCACAUCCUUGGAUUGAGAAUAAUCGCAAAGUGAAUACGGCGUGAAGUCUUUAAAAUCAUAAAUAAUGUAAUUAUAAAAAUAAUCACCUUGACUGUAUGUUGCAAUUGUGUAUGUAUGUCCACAAUAUAAAUAAAUUGUAAUUUUAAACUCAAUAUCAC